AUGAAUAAACUUAUCCAGACGUCGCGCCUGCUGUACAUAGCUGUUUGUUCACUUAAAAUGGCUAGUUGGCGUAGUAUGCGGCGCGCGGUGCGAUUACCGUUACAGCGCUACCAGUACUGGACGAAGCGAAGUAUCCUGUGCAGCGGUAAGUCAACGAUAGCGCAAAUUAAUUUUAAUCAUAAUGUAUCAUUUAAAACUGCAGAUGAAAGCGAACCAUGCUCAGGAAGUUCACUUAUUGCUAUGGCUUGCUGGAAAACCAGAACUUCCCUAUAUCGCUCCAAAGUGUCUAAAGUCAACGGUGGUAACAAUUUUCUUAAGUCGAAGGCAUUGUUACUGCAGGAAAAGCGAAUUGGUCUAGUGCAGGACAUUCGCGAGCGUAAAAAGAGAGUGAAGAAACGGGUAGAAGAAGUGAUCGAACGAGAGAACGUAGUUACCAUACCGAACCUGCUCUGCAUUGGUCGUAUCCUUGCGUCGCCCUACAUUGGCUAUGUUAUUCUGCAAAGCGAAUUUCAGCUAGCAAUGGUUCUGCUAAUCAUGGCCGGACUUACGGAUCUAGCCGACGGUUGGAUUGCCCGAAACUGGCCAAACCAGGCUUCGCGAAUCGGCUCCUUUCUGGAUCCGAUGGCGGAUAAAGUACUGAUGGGAUCUCUUGUGAUUGCUAUGUGCUACAUCGAACUGUUUCCACUUUGGCUAACGGCGGUGGUAGUGUUCCGAGAUGUGCUUCUUAUUAGUGCCGGAUUUGUUAUCCGAUACGUUAGUCUACCAAAACCCCGUACGCUGUCGCGAUACUUUGAUGCAACACAUGCUACAGCCCAGCUGGCUCCUACUUUCAUUAGUAAACUGAACACUGCCGUCCAGAUGGUGGCCGUGGCAGCCACGCUUGGAGCACCAAUCUUCGACUACGGCAAUCACGAUUAUCUGCAGGGGCUUUGGUAUCUUACCGGGUUUACUACGUUGGCCGCAGCCGUAAGCUAUUUUACCAGCAAGGACACUUACAAGAUACUUCGAAAGAAACUCUAG